AUCCGUGCUCCCAGCUUUGUGGGAAUUUUUUGGGCGUGGCCCUUUCCUGUUCCAACAUGACUGUGCACCAGUGUACAAAGAAAAGUCCAUAAAGACGUGAAUGAGCGAGUUUAGUGUAGAAGAACUUGACUGACAGAGUCCUGACCUCAACCCAGUAGAACACCUUUGGGAUGAAUUAGAGUGAAGACUGUGAGCCAGGCCUUCUUGUCAAAUAUCAGUGUCUGUCUGUCCUCACAAAUGCACUUCCUAUGUUGAUAUAGGUGUAAAGGCAGAUGAUACUUUUGUUAAUAUAGUGUAUAUGAUGUUAUAUGAUGUUAUCUCCAUCUACAUAAAUAGACAUUAAACUGCAUGCCCCGUUCUUAACUGUAACACCGUGAUCUGGCUCAGACCAAACGAAAAUCUAUUCUUGACUCCAGUCCAAGCAUUGGCGAUAGGUCUUUGUAGUGCAGCUGGUUUCAUCUGACGCCCAUCGUGACAUUUCUUCUGAAAAACAAAAAACAAAAAAAAAAAAAACACACCAGUUGUAUCUGUACAUCAGUGCAAAAAACCAACACGUGCACACAAAUUAACCACAGAAGAAAAUGUUCCAUUCGACUAGCCAAUCACCAGCUAGCUUGCCAUUGAUGGAAAAUAGUGUGUAAAUCAUAACUUGUGUGAGAAGGACGUGUGAAGCUGCCUUUCAGCCCCGGUUCAUCGUCAGACAUGGACGGACUGUGGAUUAUUCUCGUUGCUCUCUCAGGAGUUGUUUCCUCCAGUCAUGGUUGGAUUUCUGUACCAACACUGAAGGUGAAAGUCAGACCUGGAGACAACGUCACUCUCUACUGUGACUGCAGACAAUCUGGAGUAUACAUAGUGUGGUUCAGGAACUGUUCCCACGAGAACCAGCCUACUCUUGUUCUAAGAGUAAAAGAUUAUUAUGAGUGGACUGACACCCAUUUCGAAUUUGUGAAGAACGUUUCCACUGAUUCCUAUGACCUGCUGAUCACCAACGUCACUGAUUCGGAUGAAGGUCUCUACUACUGUGGAACUGAAAAACCAGUUGUGGAGGAAAAAGAAUACAUCAUUAGUAGACAUAUUUACACACACGGCAACAUCAAGACAAAACUCAUAUUAGACUCCAGUGAUCCUCGUCCUCAUACUGCUCCUUCAGAAUGUUGUAUGUGCUGGAUGCUGCUGUACUCACUGUGUCCAGUUUGCGCUGGUGUCUCCUCAUUUCUCUCCUCUCUGCUGGUUUAUCACUUCUGUAGGAAAAGAGCCAAAGACCAUCAGGUUAAUGAGCAAAAUGCUGAUACUGGUCAAACAAGACUGAAUCAGGGUGAAGACGUGUGUUAUGCCGCGCUGGAAAUCCGUCAGCCAUCACAGAGACCAAAGAAUAAAAGACAGAGUUCUGACUUCAGCACAUAUUCUGCCGUCAACACUUCUAGGAUGUAGAAGCCUGUGGCACAUGAAAUGGAUUUAUGACAGUACUGUAUGUUAGAUAAGAUGAGUUGUACAAUAGACAUUUAAAUCUGAUCAACAAUCUGCAGCUUAUACUGUAGCUCAGCCCGCUGAAAAUGCUUUUCAAAAUGAACAAGCAAGCACAUUGUUCCAUACAGUGCCUACAGACAAAGCUGGUAUAUCACCACAAGAACACAUCUUUUCAAUAAUUUCUCCAGUAAAUAUAUCAAUAAAUCCAUAUUGGAUAUGGAAGAACUAAGUACAGUCUUGGCCCGGGAACACAGCAGAAAUGAAUGCUUUGCAACAGUGAGAUCUACUUUUUUGACCUGAGUACAUACUGUAAUGUCUCACAUGACGGAAACUACGGAGGCUUUUCUGCCAAGUCCACAUCAACAUCAUAAACACCGUCAGUCGGAUUCUUCUACAUUGCAUCUCUCGCUCGGCAAACUCUCAGCUCUACCAACUUCCAUCUCUGGCAUGGUGCAUUAACUGACGUCAAGGACAAAAAAAUGACAUGAGCACACAUGCUAAUCAGUAGUUUAGCUUAUAUAAAUAUAGUAUUUUAUAGUACUUCACUGUGUGUUGUAAGACAGGAUAGUGUCAUGUUUAGGGUGUAUUGUGUAGUGUAAUAAAAAUGUGGUAUGAAGCCUUUUCUGUGUGUAGUAGAUGAAGGUCUCAUAACUUUGACAUGAAAUUUACCAGCAAAUUGUUGAUUCACAGCCUCUUUCUGUUUGUUACCGUAGGGGAAGUUGUGACUGCUGUAGAGAGGAUUUGGGCCGUUCCUCUGUUAGUGUCUGUUAGCGUCUGUUAGCACUAGCGGAUGCCUUUUCAGAUGUGGUGCAUUCCAGUUGUACUUUUGUUGUAUUACAGGACUGACUUGCCUAUUCUGCAUGUCACUGUAGAAUGGCCUUCAUCUUUAGUGAAGUAUUUCUAUACACUUGAUGAACCGCUGCUAGUUUAAGGUCCAUGUUGUUAUUGUCAUGUGAUCAACGACUAGUCAACCUCCUGAAACCUGAGCUUUAGUAUGUUAUGCAUAUUUAAUUUCUCCAAGACAUUUGGGAUUAGUAGGACCUAAGAAGUAUAAAAACUCAGCAUCAUCUUUGACCAAUCUUUGACUAAUGAGCUUAAAUAAAUAAGUUUUAAAACUGAAUGAGGUUUUGGUCCUUGUCCACUUUUGUCCCAUGAUCAUCUGCAGAAUGAAUCCGCCCACAUUCA